UUCCUACCCACCCCUCCGCCCGCCUUUUCGCCCGCUCCUCUGGCAGGAUGAGGCAUGCGGGCCUGGGUGAAGGAGUACCUCCUGGCAACUAUGGGAACUAUGGCUAUGCUAAUAGUGGUUAUAGGGCCUGUGAAGAAGAAAAUGAGAGACUCACGGAAAGUCUGAGAAACAAAGUAACUGCUACAAAAUCUCUUUCUAUUGAAAUAGGCCAUGAAGUUAAACAUCAAAAUAAAUUAUUAGCUGAAAUGGAUUCACAGUUUGAUGCUACAACUGGACUUCUAGGUAAAACCAUGAGAAAACUGAAGAUUUUAUCCAGAGGGAGCCAACCAAAGCUGCUGUGCUAUAUGAUGCUGUUUUCAUUGUUUGUCAUUUUUGUCAUUUAUUGGAUUAUUAAACUGAGGUGAUGCAAGUAACUGUGCGUUUGGAAUUUGUUCCAACUUAACAGCUUGGAGUACCACUUCAGU